AUGAUCCACUGCAAAUUUUUCAGAAACCGUCUCUACAACUAUAAUGGGACUAAUAAACCUGAUCCUUCUCUUGAUACUCAAUUCCUUAACAUGUUGAGGUUCAUAUGCAACAACAGUUCUGCAUCAUUAGCAGAUUCAUUACCAUCAACACUGUUAGCUCCGUUUGGUUGCUCAAAGUUAUUAUCAAAAGCAUCAUCACCUGACUGUAAUAUGGGAUCACAGUCUUCAACUUCUGAGAAGCCGAGAAGAAGCACACAACUGUCUUCGCUUGAGGAGCCAGGAAUCAAUAUGGCUUAUGAGGGACCUGGAAUAGAUUUUGGCAGAUUGUAUUACCGGACUCUUCUACAAGGUAGAGGAAACCUAGUUUCCGAUCAACAACUGAUGUCUGGGGAAGAAACUGCCAAAUGGGUGAAUGCAUACGCUUCAGAUGUCUCUCUUUUCCGCCGAGAUUUUGCACGAGCAAUGGUGAAGCUCUCCAAUCUCCAAGUCUUGACAGGUUCAGAUGGACAGGUCCGGGUCAAUUGUUCAAAGAUGGCAUGA